CUGCCGGUGCUGGGGAGAGCUGGCAGGCACAGGCUUCCGGCAGGCAACAGGUUAUCCAUAGCUGUGUGCCGAGGGAUGGAGGCAGGCAGUGCUCACCUGCUCCCCUCCAGCCUCCAGCCCCUGCUGCCCAGCCAUAAAUCAGGUGCUGGAGUCCUUUUGCACAGCCGAGAGCAAGCAGAUAAGCAAAGGUGUGUGAGAGAGUGUGUGUGUAUGCACAGCAAAGGAGGAGGGGGCUAGCAAACAUGGAUUCAAGAUUUUCCUCUCCCCAGUGGCUGUGCAAAGGAAUGAAAGGUCUGCAUCAAGCUGAGGUGGAAGGGUUGCAGGUCACUGUGCCUGAGAAGAAGAAGGUGGCCAUGUUAUUUCAGCCUGCUCUGCUUCGCUGCCAUUUCUCUACUUCUUCCACCCAACCAGCUGUGGUACAGUGGAGGUACAAAUCCUACUGCCAGGACCGCAUGGGAGAAGCUCUGGGUAUGGUGACUUCUGGUUUGCAAACAAUGAGCAAGAGGAACCUGGACUGGGAUCCCUACCUGGACUGUGUGGACAGCAGGAGGACAGUCCGUGUCGUGGCCUCCAAACAGGGAUCUGCCGUCACCAUAGGAGACUUCUAUAAGGAAAGAGACGUCAGCAUUGUCCAUGAUGCAGACCUGCAAAUUGGGAAGUUGAUGUGGGGAGACAGUGGCCUCUAUUACUGCCUUAUUAUCACACCAGAUGAUGUGGAGGGCAAGAAUGAAGAAUCAGUGGAGCUGCUUGUGCUUGGCAGAACAGGGCUGCUUGCUGAUCUCUUGCCCAGUUUUGCUGUGGAGAUUAUGCCAGAGUGGGUCUUUGUGGGCCUGGUGAUCCUGGGGGCGUUCCUGUUCUUCCUCCUGGUGGGGAUCUGCUGGUGCCAGUGCUGCCCGCACAGCUGCUGCUGUUACGUCCGCUGCCCCUGCUGUCCUGAGUCCUGCUGCUGUCCCCGGGCACUGUAUAUAGCAGGCAAAGCAGCAAAAGCUGGGUACCCUCCUGCAGUCUCUGCCAUGCCAGGUCCAUACUACAUCCCCAGUGUUCCUGUAGCUGGUGUGCCAUCUCCUGCUGUGCUGAUGGAUAAGUCACACCCCCCUCCCUUAGCCCCAAGUGAGGCCAGUGGGGGAAGCCAGAAUGCAGUGCGCAAGGGGUACAGGAUCCAAACUGACAAGGACAGGGAUUCCAUGAAGGUGCUGUACUAUGUGGAGAAAGAAUUGGCUCAGUUUGACCCAGCUAGGAGGAUGCGAGAACGAUAUAACAACACAGUGUCUGAGCUGAGCUCUCUGCACGAGGAGGACCUGAACUUCCGCCAGCCCUACCGGCAGGCGCGGAGGAAACCUCUGCCCCCCGCGGGGGACAUGGACGGCGACGCCGAGUACUGGGCAGGAGUCGUGGGGGGAGGCAGCACCUCCAGGUCACAGGCUGUGUCUGAUUACAGGGAUGAGAGGGACAGCUAUUGGCACAGCCAGCAGAGAUCCAAGUCGGAGAUGCUGUCCCGGAAGAGUUUCUCGGUGGGAGUGCCGGCCGUGUCCAUGGAUGAGCUGGCGGCCUUUGCCGAGUCCUACAGCCAGCGGCCGCGGCGGGCGGACAGCCAGGAGCUGCGGCGCUUCGAGCGCUCCGAGUCGCACGGUGGGCGCGGCGCCGGGGCGCUGCCCCACCAGGACAGCUCCAUGGAGGAGUACUACAGCAAGCGCUGCAGGGGCAACCGGGAGCCGCUGACGGACUCGGAUCGGGGCUGGUCCUACAGCCCGCCCCGCAGACGGGCCCACGAGGAGAAGCACCUGCCCCGGCUGGUGAGCCGGACGCCCGGAGGGAGCCAGAAAUACGAUCACUCCUACCUCAGCAGUGUCUUGGAGAGGAAAUCGCGGAGCUACGACGAGAGCGGUGACCACUGUGCAACCCCCUCGAAGCUGAGCUCACAGCCCAGCCAGAGGGGAGGCAGCACAUACUAUGCCUGGUCACCACCCUCCACCUACAAAGCCGAGAAGUCGCAGCCGCCGCCGCAGCAGUCGUCGUCCCCCGAGCAGGACGAGGAGGAGGAGGACAGCCUGCCUCCCUACAGCGAGAGGGAGCUGAGCCGAGGCCCUUCCUACAGGGCCAGGGAACAGGCCUACCUCAAUGCCUCUGACAAGAAGAGGAAAAAGGACCCCAAGAAAACAAAUGAUUUCCCAACAAGGAUGUCCCUUGUGGUUUGAAGUUGUUGUGGACCUGUCAUGUUGAUGGGCUGGAUAUCAUGAGGUGACUGCAGUGGAGAAGAUGCAGAGCAACAAGCAAGACAUGCCUCUGUGAACCUUUGCAGCCAUCAGCCAUGGACUGUUUCAAUUUUUUGUUUCAUCCAGGGGAGCUGAGGCUUUUGUAAGAGAUGGACUCUGUGGACAGCACUCAGUCUCAGACUUUGGGAGUCUGCCAGGAAAAUGAGGCUAGGGCUCUCUGUGGCACCCUGUUUUUCAGUGCCCUCCACUCUGUAUUGGACAGCCACAUGUCUACUGUUCCUGCAGCCCUGAACUACAAGUGAGGCUGCCUUUGUGCCUCUUGCCCUGCCCCAUGUGCAGAGGGAGGCAUGUGUACCUCUUGCUCUGUCUCCUCAGUUCUCUGUUUGGAUCAAAAUUGUCUCCAUGCUUAAAGCCUUUUUUGUAUCACCCCCAUGCUGGGAGGAGGCUUUGUUCUUACAACUGCAGACUGCCUCCAGCUGAUCAGUCCCUAAAUCAUGAAAGAAAAUCCACAUCCUUUCAGAUACUGUAAGAAAAUGACUGAUGAGAUGUUACCUUGAUAAGGGCUGAAUGGGGAAAGAGACAAUUAUGAGCUGGUUUGUUCAAUAUAUUUAGUUCUGUUCGUUGUGUGAUGAGAGUUGCAGGUGAGAUUGAUGUAUUGUUUUGAAAGUGGGUCAAAGUAGCUUUUAUUGUGAUGAGAGCAUGAUUUGUUUCCUCCCUGCCCCCAACUGUGUUUUGUUUUGAUGCUGUUGCAUUUCCUUGCAGCUCGACUGUGACCCUGUAGAGCUUCAAGCUGGAGUACCUACUCCACUGUUGUAACAGCAGUGCUCCAGCCGUCCUAGUGCUCUGCUUCCAGCACCACCAGACACCUCUACCACUGUAGUGAGUGGCCUUUAGGUUUCAAGGAAGCAAAAAGGGGACAGUCUCAGUGAAAGGGCAGCUGCACACCUUCAUCCUGUGCCACUGGUAUCGCUCCUUUCUGGAAAUAGUUUCCCAGGAGAAACUACUACUGAAGAGAGCAGUAACAUCAGUGGGAAAAGAAUAAGCACUGUGGGUGGAUACAAGCUUUGAGAGUCAUCCUUUUCACUUAAAACCAUUCCACUCA